AUGCCCCGUUAUUCCCUCCGCCGCCUCUCUGUUUCUCCAUCCAAACCCAAGAGCCUUCUACUUCUUCCGAUCGGCCCUAUGGCUCUUUCAAAUCCAUCACACCGAAAAUCUCCAUUUGAGAAACCGACAUCCCAGGCGCCACUCAGCCAGAGUCUCUCCUCAUCCUCACCACCUCUUCGACUCACCUCCGACGCCUCCCCUUCGUACUUCUUCUCGCACUCUCAGCGCGUCUCCGGGGCCAAGCACGGCCUCCUCGUCACCUGCACAGUGAUCCACAUCGCCGUCUCCGGCAACAUGAACCAUGUAGCGAUGAGAUUUAUGAAAGAAAUUGCCGCUAAUGAUGAAUGGAGGGGUUUAGUGCUGGAGAAGUUGAAGGAGACGAGCAGGAGCAGGGAUGGGUUGGGGGUCGUCUACAGUAUGCUUGUUCAGUGUUAUCUUGAUUUGGGCAUGAUUGAUUCGGUUAUUGAGACGAUGAGAAAAAUCGGGAAGUUGGGUUUUCACCCGAGUAUCCAGGUUUAUAAUUCUCUUCUUAUGGUUUUGCUGAAAAGGAAGAGGAUGGAAUGUGCGUGGCAGGUGUUUGUGGAAAUGCCCGAGUGGGAAGAUCAAUCUAAGGUGUCGUCGUGUUUGAGCGUAUUUAUUCAGGAGUUUUGUAGUCAUGGCGAUUUUGAGAGUGCUUGUAAACUGCUUUUUGGGAUGAAGAACUGUGUUGGGUGUGCAGAUGUUAUUGCUUAUACGAUGGUCAUUGAUGCUUUGUGCAAGAGGGGUUUCUUGAAAGAGGCGACAUCUUUGUUAUAUAAAUUAAUUCAGAUGGGCAAUUCGCUUGAUACGAUUUUGGUCUCUUCGAUCAUCGACGGGUACUGUAAGGAUGGGAAGUUGGUAGAGGCCAAAAGUCUAUUGGGCCUUCCCGGUCGAGUUCCUGAUGUUUUUACGUAUAAUAGCUUCAUUUUGACGCUGUGCAGGAGCGGGAAUAUGGAGGAAGCCAAUGAGAUAUUCAUGGAGAUGUUUGAUUUAGUGUUGAUUGAAGCCUGUUGCAAAAUCGAAGAUCUUGCGGGGGCAGAAUGUGUUUUUAAUGCACUGAAGAGAGAUGGGUUGCAACCUGAUGCAUUUGUGUACAAUGUGUUAAUCAAUGGAUACAGUAAGAAGGGCUUUAUGCACCGAGCUUAUGAGCUUAAGUAUAUGAUGACCCAGGAUGGUGUUUCUCCCGAUAUUGUGACAUAUAACACUAUCAUGCAUGGCCUUGUUAAGAGAGGCUAUAUGAGUGAUUGUAGAGGAAUUUAUGAUGAACUAGUUAGAAGGGGGUUUUCCCCUGACAAGAUUACAGUAACGAGCUUAAUUCAUAGUUAUUCCAAAGAGGGGAACUUAGCUGAAGCCUAUCUUAUAUGGUGCAACAUGACUAAGAACAAAACCAAACCUGACAUUGUUACUUGUAGUGCUCUUCUACAUGGUUUUUGCACAAAGAAACGCAUGCAAGAUGCCAAUUUUCUAUUUCGCAAAAUGUUGGGUUUGGGAUUGAAGUCUGACUUGAUCUUGUACAACACUCUCAUACAAGGAUUUUGUAAUGUUGGAGAUGUUAAUGAAGCAUGCCAAUUGCUAAUCGCGAUGAAGCAUGACGGCAUUUUACCUAAUAAUGCUACUUAUCGGGCGCUAGUUCGUGGUCUUGAGAGAAAAGGGGUUGAGAAUGCUGAAGAGAUUGCUUCUAUGAAAAUGCAAGAUGCAUAUAUCAAGAGUGGAUUUGUUCUUGAUGAUUCUACAUACUGUGUUCAUGCAUUUGCGUGAUUUGACAGGGAAAGAAGCAUUGUCAUGGAUUAGGAGAUGUAUUUAUUACUCUUCCCAUUUGAAUCUUGUUGAUACAUAUUGUAUUCGGAGGGAGUGGCUUAGCUGGAACAUGUAUGGACGAUGAUGGCAAGCACUAUUGUCCGGCAAUGGCGGAAGUGGCGGCAGAAUUGCUGAGGUGCUCAUCGUGAUGGGGCACCUCAGAAGCGACAGUGGUAUCAGAUCCAAUCACAAGCUGAGGUUCAUAAACAACAUAAGAACCCCGUGUCAUUAUUUGAGCACUUCUUUGUUAUGGGCUUUUCCUCAUAUGCAAAUGUUGAAGCUGAAGAGGAUGCAUUUGCAACGAGAAAGACUUGGGAGUCAGAGGUAGCCAAAUCUGAAAUCCUAGAUCUUGGGAAGAUUCAACGCCAAGCACGUUUGCCUACUCCAGUAACUUCAGAUUCUUUUCAAGUACCGUUUGGGAGCAAGUAGCUAUGAGGAGAGUGAGCAAAUCACUUGCAGUUUUAGAUCAAUUGUUUUUUUAAUGGUCUUGAGAGAGAAGGGGUUGAGAAUGCUGAAGAGAAUGCUACAAAAUGCGAGAUACAUAUAUCAAGAGUGGAUUUGUUCUUGAUGAAUCUACAUAUUGUGUUCAUGCAUUUGGGUGAUUUGACAGGUGAAGAAGUAUUGUCAUGGAUUUGGAGAUGUAUUUAUUAUUGUUCCCAUUUGAAUCUUGUUGAUACAUAUUGUAUUAGGAGGGAGUGACUUAGCUGGAAUAUGUGUCGAUUUAGUGCUUUGGCGGAAACAAGCUAAACUAACAGUGACUGCAUGGGAGGCGGCGAACUGCCAGCCUAUAAGGUGUGCAACUUAAAAAUAAUCUUCAUUUAUUACUUAUUAUGAUUAUGGUCAACAAAUCCUGCAGUAAAAUUUCUGUAUAUUUAUUCCAUACUCUUUCUGUUGUUUUAUUGGGUUCUUGUUUAUUACAUGUAGAGGUACUAACUUUCUAUUUUUCAGUUAAAUUUGGGUACUUGUUACGUAGAUUUUUAAGAGAAAGGAACUAGUUGUAAGCCUGAAGUUUGAAAAUGUGUAUUACUAAAGCUAAAUACUAUAUGGCAUAGAUUCAAACUAAAGGAAAGUGCUCAACCUAUGACUAUAAUUUGAUUUGUGUUCUGUUGGCUCCUAAAUCAUGCUGAUUCAAUCAAAACCGUGAGCACAUUGCGACAGAUGACUGAAUGACCUGGAGUAGGAUUUUUGGAUGGCUAGUCAUCUGUCUAGAGCUUAAAAGAUACGAGUAAAUGAUAUGCAUUCUUUAUAAUUGAAUCUG